GUUUCCCAGGAUGCACCGCGUUACAAACGGAAAGCGCGAACGAUGCGAGCCGUAGUCAGGCUUUGUUUUGUAAAACAACAUUUUAACACAAUUACCAUCACAGUAAGAGCAUGACAUUUAUAACAUGUCGUUUCUUUAUUAUUUUAUAGUAUUAUAUUGUCAUUAUUUUGCAUUUGCAUGUGUGGUUUUGAUAUAACGGACAUUUUGGGGAAGUGCUCGUUGCUAGCUGUUUCUUCUUCGGCUGCCAAAAUUAGCAUGUUUAUGAACAGUUAACACAAGACAAAAGUCAUAUCAGCUAAGUGUACCCCAAAAGGCCUCUAAUGGCCACCAACAGCACCAUCUCUUCAGUUCUGAAAGAUGUCGUUGCGUAUGUGGAUGUCUGGUCGUCAGACAAAACUGCAAAUUAUUCAAAACCAUUUGUUCAACAACUACAGGAAAUGGGGGCACAGGUGACAAAAACAUUCACCAAACAAGUGACCCAUGUAAUUUUUAGCCAUGGGCAUCCUGCUACUUGGAGGAGAGCUAAAAAGAGUCACGUGAAACUUGUCUCUGUUCUGUGGGUAGGCAGGUGUUAUGAUGAGGCAAUGCAAGUCAAUGAGGAUUCAUUUCCAGCUUUAAAUGAAACCAACCCAGUAUUAAAGAAUAAAAAACAUCGAUGCAUGCAGCCCAAAGAUUCACCUGAAAGAACCCCUGACAAUGACAAACGCAUCAGAAGAAAACUGGAUAAAAUGAUAAAGGACCUCCCUCCUAUUGAACCUCUGGUUUCAGACGUUUCACCAAUUAUUAUUGAUGAGGAGAAUGGAAUAAUUUACAGUCCAGCUUUUAAAAGGUCUGAUUACAUGGCACAACGUUUAAAGGAUAUGAAAGAAAAGCAUGAAAAUAUUUCUCUUACAGCAUCUCAAAUGGUGGAAAAGCCCUCUGGACUGGAGCCUUCUCUGGGGAACUCACCAACUGUCUUCAGUCAUUCAUAUGGGCAGUCGGACGAUGACUCUAUUCUCUCUGUCGCUGAAACUGGGUCUGCAGCUGUAUCUCCUGCUAAAGAAGAGGGAACAUCACUGCCCAACAUUAAAGACCAUCGACAUGAAAGUUUAAGGACUGAGACAACACAGCCCUGGAUGUCACCCUGCAGUCAGGUGCAGUCAGUGAAUGUACAUAUUAGUCCUGUGAAAUAUCCAAACUUUGAGGAAAAUGAGGACGAAGAGGAGAAGAAGAGACAGAAAAGUUCAAGAAGGGCAUCAAGAAGAGUAUCAGUGAAAAAAAACAGUACAGAAUCACCUAAAUGUAUUUUAUCUGACAGCAAAAAGUCUGGUAAGAAAGUCAGCAGGAGGUCUACAAUCAAGUCUCCUAGCCCAGCUUCAAAGGAGCUCAAAACUUUAAGUAGUGAGAGUAUAAGUAAAAAGGGACAGGAAUUGACAAAAAGAAACAAAUCCUUCACAGAAACAAAAAUACCGGAAAAUGUGAAAUGCACUGUUACAACUUCUGCUGCUGCUACUAAUCUCUCAAUCAAAACUACCUCUCCAAAAGAACACACUGAAUCAAAACUGACCCCCAUUUUCUCUGCCUUGGUGCGACUCCCCACUGUACCCUGUGAAUCACGCAAAACUGUGCCUUGUUCCACUGAUGGAGAUGAUGAUGUGUUUGAGGACUAUUUCUCUCCUGCUUACCUCAGGCAGAAACCAAAAAAGGCCUCUUUUUCUGGCCUAUCUGCAAAAACCUUUCAACUUCCAUUUGAACUGGACUCUGACUCAAAGAAAAGAAAACCGAGAAGUGAGAGUGCUGUGAAUGAAACAAGCACUGGUAAAAAGAAAAAACUGGAGCAGAGCACAUUACAUUUAAAAGACCUUGAUACGGAGGAUGCUUCUGAAAGGCUUUCACACAAGGAGGGAAAUAAAUUGCUGUCUGACCUGGCUAGUUCAAGUGAUAAUUUAAAACAACUGACCAAAAAAAAGAGACAAAGUGCGUUGCAGUUCACCUCUAUCUGUGCAGCACAAACCACGCGGGACAAGCAACUGCCGCUCUCCGCCAGGAAAACAAAGUCAGAGGAGAGUCCGGCUACUUUAGAACUGCACAAAAAACCUGACAGGAGUCUAAAGAGCUCUGUAACAAUUAAAGGAAAUGAAGAUCCAGUUGCCAGUGGGUUAACACAAACUGAAGAACAGACUGAAGAAAAAGGCAUAACUCUCCAGACAAUGGUCCACUCGACAAAGGUGGGAAGAACACUGGUCAUGACAAGUAUGCCCACAGAGAAGCAGGGCACAGUGGUUCAGGUGGUCAAGGCUUUGGGUGGGUUUACUCUUGUGGAUGAAGUCUGCGAGAGCACGACUCAUGUGGUGUCAGGAAGUCAUCGGAGGACCCUGAAUAUCCUCUUGGGCAUCGCUCGAGGCUGCUGGAUUCUGUCAUUUGAGUGGAUUCUUUGGAGCUUGGAGAAAAGGCAGUGGAUCCCAGAAGAGCCGUAUGAACUUUCAGACCAAUUUCCUGCAGCACAGAUCUGCAGACUCCAGAGACACUUGUCAGCAGGGGAGCAUCAGCAGGACCUGUUCCAGGACCAGCCCGUCAUGUUUGUGUCCCAGCUCUCCCGGCCGCCCCCUCAGAGCCUCAUUGAGCUCAUCCAACUCUGCGGAGGAACCGUGUGCAGAACCGUGCGCCAGGCCGGCCUCUGCAUCGGGAGGUACAGCGGCAGGACGCCUGAGGGGAGCAGGGUGCUGUCAGAGCAGUGGGUGCUUGACAGCAUCACUCAUUUGAAGGUGCUGCCUUACGAUGACUACACUUUGGAUUAAAAGAGUGAAUGUGAAUAAGAGGGCUGGUGCUUACCUUCAGGGAUUUUAUCAAAAAGUAAGGAUGCACCGAUCUGAUACUUGUAUUGGAUAUCGGUGACGGUACUGAAAAAUUUGCUAGAUUGGAUAUCGGUUUCCAAAUAUUGUUCAUCUGAUAUUCUGGUUGGACAUAUAAACUAAUGUAGUAGGACUAUUUAGUGGUCAUAAUUGGCCAAGAAAGUCACAUAAUGUUUGAACUUUCGGUUGAUAUUGGGUAUUGGCAGAUACUUAAAGCCAUAGUAUUGAAAUUGGCAUUGAAAUGGAAAAAGCUGGAUCGGUGCAUCCCUAAUAAAAAAUGGAAAACAUUUAAUUUGUUUAGCAUUUUGUUACCAUAGGAACCUGCUCCAUCUCAGAACUAUGAUGUGUUAGAAAACAACUUUAAAUAUCACUGUGAAAAUAUUGCCUUAACGCUCAUUCUUUUUAUGUUUAAUUUGACUUUUACUAUUGAAUGUAGUUUAUACUGCUGCAGUAUCAAUAAAAAAUUAUCUACUCUC